CAAGCGAGGGUCAAAAACAGCGGCGCCGUCUAUCGCUGCUCCACCGAAGACCUGCGUUAUCAUAACUGGGCACUGAACGGUUCCGUGUCUCUGCAAAUUGACUCCAAAUCUGACCAGUGGUUCGGUGCAACCGUGGUCAGCUCCAGAGUCGACGACACUGUCAUCGCCUGCGCCCCCCGCUACACCUAUUUCUACUCGACGUUCGACCGCAAGGAACCAGUGGGCACGUGUUUCGUUGCCAAGGAUGCUUUUACGUCUUUCAGGGAAUAUUCACCGUGUCGGAAAGAAAAUCGAUGGGGAUAUCACCGACUUGGAUUUUGUAUGGCCGGAUUUAGCGCUGCCAUAGCAGAGGUAAGCCAAACACUACAGAAGAACCAAGAGAAGUUGUUUAUCGGUGCCCCGGGAGCAUGGUAUUGGCAAGGGUCAUUGAUUACGCAAGAACUCGAAGGCGAAGGCAAAGUCAAGCGGACCGGCGAAGGCCCCGCGAACAUGGACGACACGUACAUGGGCUACGCCAUGGCCGCUGGCCACUUCAAGGAACAAUCGAUCAACGACGUCGCAGUUGGUGUUCCAAAGGGAAACAACCUCAAGGGCAUGGUCGUUCUUUUCGAUAACGACAUGAAGGUGCUGCUUAACAUUAGUGGACACCAGGUCGGAUCUUACUUUGGCAGUUCGAUAGCCGUUACCGACCUGAAUGGGGACGGGUUGGACGACAUAGUGAUCGGGGCGCCGUUAGAAUCACACAAAGAAAACGAACACGACGACGCCAACCCGACCAAGGUGAUGUACGAAGUUGGUAAGGUGUACGUGUACUUUCAGAACAGGGCGGUAAGUCAACGGAGAGGCAAUCGUAUGUGGUCAAGAUUUGGACAUGACGUGGCGAGUGUCGGCGACCUCAACGGGGACGGCUUUAAUGGUAAGUGUUGGCUAUAUUUCAUUCGUGUCUUUCUUCGAGUUGCUCUAGCGGUUAGCAGUAAAAAGUCAACGUUUUGGCAAUUACUUAUUUCUAUAAUUAUGCCAUACAACUGUUUAUGCAUAUAUCUUGAGAAAUGCUGGCUUUUGAAUAGAGACUUUCGACCCAUUGAACCUUCGUCAUAA